AUGGUAGAUCAUAACCAGAAAUUGUUACAGGAGUUGCAAAAGAAAAGUGGAAAUAAUGUUUGUGCCGAUUGUGGAAAUCUGGACCCAGAUUGGGCGUCCUACAACCUCGGUAUAUUCAUAUGCAUGCGUUGUGCCAGCAUCCACCGUGGCAUGGGCGCCCACAUAAGCAAAGUAAAACACCUCAAGCUUGACCGCUGGGAGGAUUCUCAGGUUCAAAGAAUGAAGGAGGUUGGUAAUAAUGCAGCGAAGAACAAAUACGAGGAGAGAGUCCCACCGUGUUACAGACGACCGAAUAAGAACGAUCCACAAGUACUGAUAGAGCAGUGGAUCCGUGCAAAGUAUGAACGUGAGGAAUUUUGCCAUCCAGAACGUCAGAGUUACCUCUCAGGUACCAUGGAGGGAUUCCUCAUGAAGAGAGGAAAGGAGGAUAGCCGUUACCAGCUGAGGAAGUUCGUCUUAAGUGAGAAUGAGGACACCCUUAAAUACCAUGUCAGGGAGAAUAAGGAACCUAAGGGUGUCCUCAAACUGUCGGAAUUGAACGUGGCGUUUGCUCCUUCAAAGAUCGGUCACAUGAACUCCAUGCAACUGACGUUCAUGAAGGACGGGUCCACCAGGCACAUCUACGUGUACCACGAGGAUCCUGAGGUUAUUAGCAAUUGGUACACAGCAAUCCGCUGCGCCCAACUGCACCUCCUUCAGGUCGCGUUCCCAUCAAUGCCACAAUCGGACUUAGUACUCCGUCUCCCCAAGGACUUCGCUCGUGAAGGCUGGCUGUGGAAGACUGGGCCUCGACCUUCGGACGCUCACCGUCGCCGAUGGUUCACCUUAGACAAUAGGAAGCUCAUGUACCAUGAUGAGCCUCUUGAUGCUUAUCCCAAAGGAGAGAUCUUUGUUGGUCACGAAUCCAAUGGCUACUGCAUCAAAGUAUCGAAUACAGGCAACGGUUGCAAGGACGCGCGGUUUCCCUUCCAGCUGGUUACUCCCGAUCGAACGUACUGCCUCGCCGCCACCACACACGAAGACCGCGACGGUUGGCUCGCGGUCAUACAACAGACAAUCAAGAGGCCGCUUACACCACAGGAUUCUACCAGCUUUAUGCAGACGGGGCCUAGGCGCACUCUCUGGUCCAAAAAUUUAUCCUCGCCUAGACGCUUAUUACAACCCCCACAAGCAGCAAUGGAGUCAUAUUAUUAG